CUCAGCUCAAUCCACGACCACUCACACCUGCAAAGCAGUAGCAUAUACCCCACAACCACACUCAUGGCGAAGUCUCGAUGGCACAGGCUGAACAUCUUCUCUUCGGCUGUUGUCCCUCGAUGCUCCUGAGUCCUACAGUUGUAUAAUCAUGGCGACGAGACGGCUCCUUCCAGCUGUAAUAGCUGCAGCGUCAUCGGCCUCGGCUUCCUCAUCCUCCAUCGUCGCCACAGGAAGCCGGACGGCGCACAUCAAGCCUCGCAGAUACACAACUAUAGCAUACCCAGCACAGUUCAUCCCAUCGUCAGGCGAAUCCCAGGCCACACCGGAGCAUACUGGGCAAGCCGAGAACCCUCCAUCGACUGAGGACGAUGCGCAGAUCGGCCCUUCUCAUCCUUCGCGACCACUUGAAGGCUUCUUCCAUUCCUCUCGCGCCCUUGAAGUCGCUCCUUCAGAUCAAGAAGAUCAUUCAUACGACUCCGCGGCAGCGCCGCUGUUCUACGAUGCUCGCUACCUUCCUCCUCAGUACGUACCACACAUCACCGGCGACAUCCAUCCAGAUCUAGCAGCCACCAUCGAGACGCCGGACUGUGAAGCAGCCUGGCGCAUCUACGAAUCCCAAGAUUAUCACGACACAGAAUCGCUGCGGGAUCUUUGGUGGCAGAUCUCUGUUCCUGCCUCUCGCUCCUAUGCGGACGUGCAGACAGCGGUGAACAGGCUCGUGGCCAUCUCCCGGCGAACAAGUCCUGACCGCUUGCAGUGGCAUCGUCUCAUGUACCUGGCUACAGCGCAACUCGAGAUGUCCAGGAAAAUGCGGCCCAGUCACCUUGUUUCACCAUCGCUGUCAACGCCUUGCCAUGUCGAUGCAGGGUCACUCAACGCGCUGGCGAACCUGCUCGACUCAUUCCGAGCAUCGGGCGAGGCCAUCGACGCCCCGUUGCUCCAUCGCAUCUUCUAUCAGCUUUGCGUCCACAAAAGACCACGUGAAGCGCUCGAUCUCUGGCAAGCACAGCUGCGCGCGUGGGAGAAGGGGAAGUUUACUCUCGCUAGUCUGCGCGGUUGGGCCUCAAGACCAGCUAGGCUGACUACACGUACCGCUGAGGCUCUGCUAGAUGCUCUCGCGCUGGCCCCCCAUCUGAGGGAUAUGGACGCAGCACAGCGACUAACGCCCAGCGAGACCGUUGCGCUCGCACUGAGCUCGAUGGAACUCAUCCUUGACGACGAAGUCGCCGUACAUAAGCGGCCGAUUCGGGAGUGGAUGAGUCAUGCCUCCCUGGAUACUCUCUGGGCUAUGCUGCCGCAGCGUAUCAGCAAGGCUGCUGCUCGAAGAGGAGAGCCAUGGGCCGUGCCCAUGGUACACCCACUAGACUCGAACGGCAUAGAUGCUGCGCGCUCCUCCUUGCGGGUCAGCAAAGACGUCCAGCAUGUCCUCGUCGAGGCUGUCGCCUUUCAGCUGGCAAGACUUGGCGACCUCCGUGCAGCUCUGACCAUCUACGAGGUCGAGGUCGGGAAGAGGGUAAAUUCAAACCGCGCAGAUAUUCGAGAUGCUAUCAUCGUCGGAGCGACACGCAACGUCAACAAGCUUGCUGUCAAGUUCCAGAAGCUGGUAUCGUCACAACAAUCUACGCCGGAGCACCAACAAAUCUUGGCCGACGCAGCGGACGGUCUCGAUGCUGGCUUCUUCCUCUUCUUCGACCAGCCACCGGCGCAAGCGCAGCUAAGGUCACCAACGGAGGCAACAAUCUUCAGCCUACUCGCUGCUAGCAGCUCAAUGCUGCUGGCGGCCGCGAAUGGACUACGAGCAUCUGAAGCACAGCAGCAGUCGCUUCACUGGCUCGCUCACAUACGCCGCCUUACAAGCACCCUUCUCGCAGAGGACCCUCGUCUGGGCCAGGUGAGCAUCACGCUACACACCCAGCUCAUCCGUAUUCACGCGCAGAUGAGCGACCUCGAGUACGUCAAGGACCUCUGGGUCAAGUUUCGGCAAAGGACAGCGAGCCCGGAUCUCCCACACGCAGUGGGGACAUUGCCCUUGAAGAUGCAGACAUUUGCUUGGCUUUUCGACGCCAUGAUCAAAACACAGAAGAUCGACGACACCAUUUUUGCUGUGAGGCUCUACUUUGACUGGCUCUCCACGCGGGCACCGCCCAGCGGCAAGGGGGACAAGAGGAGCAAGGCCGGCGGUGGAGAUCUACCUCCGGAUAUAUUGCCGCGCUUUGUGCGCACCCUGGCGAAGCUGAACAUGGCUCAUGUGGUACGGCGGGUUUUGCAAGAUAUGCGACAACAGGAGGUGCCACUCACGCCUCAGCUGGCCAUCGCGCUACUCGAAGCCUUCGGUCGGCCGGAGCUUGCCCCGUUUCAGCAGACCGUGCGCACGUUGGAUGAGUUUGUUCAGCUUCAGGCGCCCCAUCGUGAGAGCGAGGCGGAUGGUGCCACUGUAUCUGUUCCGCAUAAGGGCAACACAGCGCAUUUGUCUCUCAAUGCCUACUCCCUCUCCCUCGACCAGGGCUCGUCUCGUAGCGUCGCCGCUUCGCAAUGGCACGAGCGCGUCAAGCCGAACCUCUCACGCAUCUUCGCCCUCUUCAUCGAGGAGCUCAGCGUACGACUCGCUGACCACAACCGCAAAUCCUCGAGGUACGACAUCACCGAAAUCACAAUCCGCGAAGCCUUCAACUCUGCUUUGCGUACUCUCCUCAAUUGGCCAAUUUCUCGCCUGCAAAAGGUUGACACGCGGGGAGCGCUCGCAGCGGCAAAGACGCUCCUGUCGACCUGGGCGCCUCGUGGUGCCUCCACACACAGUAGAGGGGUGCAGGUGCUCCUGUCUACGAUGCGCGACGAGCUCAUCGUCGAGGGCGACGCCGACACGUGGAGUUUGGAAUUGCUUGCGUGUGUGAAGGAGGACGCUGUGGCUGAGGGGGGCAAGGAGACGAUAGAACAUGUCAGAGCUGGUCCGCUGGAUCAAGCUCUGGCUCUCUGGGAGAAAAGCUUGACAGCCACGUACGAGUUUCAGAGGAAAGCUCCUCUACAGCAACGAGCGAUUCUACGAUCGCAUAGCAAGGACGCCCUCAUAAGAGCCCUGAACUCUGAAGGCGAAGGAGCAACGGACACUAUCCCUUACGAAGGGGUCCUUCACGCCUCGUCAUCGCCCUCGCCAGAUGCAGCAUCACUGCCCGACGCUGCUACCACCACGUCAAAGCCAUGCCGUCAGCCCAUACUUCCCCGUCCUAUUCGGAUGCGCUCCCGCCCAACGGCCUACUUCAUGAUUCGCCUGGCCCUCGCCCGCCGAUACGAGGACGCUCAGCGCGUUUACACGACGUGGAUGGAGAGCCUGACGCGAGAGGAGCGCUUCUGGUCCGAGCUGGCUGCUAGGCUUGACCAGCAGGACAGGACAGAGGGUGGCGCCGUCGCCAAUAUUGGCGAGAAUGAGACAAAGAGACCGACGAAGCUCAGGGUGAGCGUCGCCACUCGAGCGAAGUUGUCAAGGAUGCAAGAAGCACGUCGCGACACGGCACGAGCCAGAAGUGGCAGCGAGGUGGCCUUGGCAUCGCCUGCCUUCGCCACAGACGAGCAACGCAAAGCAUUGACGUGCCGGACGGUCCACGUAGCGCGCCUGGUUACCCUCAUGCUCGAGUCCGGCUUGGCAGGUCACUAUGCAGACGAGGGAGGGACGCCUCCCUGGCCCGGACAUGAGGCCAAGCAGCGAGCGGCACAAUGGAGCGAGGCGCGGCGACUCUUCGAAGAGGUUUGGGACCUUUGGGGGGUUCAGGAGAGGAGUAAGGGACGCAAUAGACCGGCGGGAGAGGUGGUCGAGGACGUAGAGACGGAGAGGGAGGCGGAUUGGAGAGAGUUGGUACACCAUAUCGCCAAGAUCGAGCGCAAGUUGCGGUGAGGGGU